AUGAGUAGUAUGAAUCUCACAGCUUCAGAGAAAGAUAUGUGGUCGAACUUUUGUAUACUGGUGGAUGCGGCUGUUAUGGUAUCUGAAGACGAACAACGUUGUCGCAAGAUUGUGUCUCACGAAGAAGAAGAAAGCUUUAAGAGAAUCUUUUGUCUUGUCCCGAGAAAAACAAGGUCUUCUUUGUUGAAGAGACGAUACAAACAACAAAAUCUUAGUAAAGCACUUAUCGAUCUUAACGAGUUCCCUACUGAUUCUGAGACAGAACAAUGUUUCAUCGCCUCUGAUUUCGAGACAAAACCCUUACUAAACCCUAGUUCUGAACCUUGUUCUUCACUCUUACUCUUAGACUACAAGACUUCUGAGUUCGAGAAGACGGAGACGAAAGAGACACUAAACCCUAAUUCCCCAUGUUCUCUGUCUUUGUGCUUACCGGAUAACAAAAGCCGCAAGAGACGUGCCGUGCAAGAGAGAAAGCGUAGUGGUGGAUACAAGAAAGCAAAGGUUUCACCUUUAUCACAGACGACGAAGAGAGAGGUACCUGAGUGGCUUGUCGAGGUGAUGAGAGAUAUGAACGGAGCCAAAGACGCUAAACUAAUCUUUGAGAAGACUCUCUUCGUGACUGAUGUAAACCCAACACAGAACCGUCUCUCAAUGCCUUUCAACAACUUACUCCGAAACGACUUCUUAACCCCUGUGGAGUCAAGAAUCAUAGACGAAGACAUCAACAACAACAAGAAGAUUGGAGUUGGAGCUAUCCUCGUGGAUCAAUGGUCUAAAAAGUGGGGUGUGAUGUUGAAAAGAUGGGAGAUGAAGAAAGAUUCAGGUAGAGGAAGCUGGAAUUACAAUUUGAUUUGUGGUUGGAACGACAUCGUUGAGGCUAAUGGAUUAAAAGACGGCGACAAGAUCACUCUUUGGUCUUUCAGGUGCUGUGGAAUCCUCUGUUUUGCCAUGGAACAGAGUUGCUCUUCCCUUGCUCUCUGUCUCUGCUAA